AUGAAUCCGGACAUAGCCCCAUUUGAAUCGGCCACGACAGAAAUAACUGUUAUGAUUACUGUAAAUCUGAUGGGCAUAUCAGAUAUUAACGAAAAACAACAAACGAUGUCUGGUUCAUACUGGGUGGUGCUAUCAUGGAUAGAUUAUCGCCUGAGAUGGAACCCGAGCUUGUACAACAAUAUUACCUCUGUGCAAGUAAAUGCUAUCAAGAUUUGGUCGCCGAAAUCUAUUUGCGUAUAUAAUGAAAUAGGAAAUGACAAGUGUAUCAACGCAAAGGAGGAUCCUGUGACGGUGUAUUCCGUAGGAUAUAUUAUGUAUAUGAAAUAUUUGGAGAGUGUCUCACAAUGUGUAAUAGAUGUCACCAGCUAUCCAUUUGAUUCCCAAAUGUGUUCUCUUGUAUUUGGAAACGUUAAUUUCUACAGCGAAUUUCUUCAAUUUGAUGAGGAAAAUUCCUUCUUCCUUCUUCAGUAUCUUCAACCGAACGAAAUUUGGGACAUUCAGAACACAUCGUUUUUCAUAAAUAGUUUCUACGAUUCAGAAAACCAAAUUACACAAGAUCAUUUUAAUUUCAACAUACAGUUAAAGAGAAAGUCAUUUUAUGUCGUCAUUACCACGCUGAUACCCGUAGUUAUCUUAUCCGCGUUGAAUCUGUGUUGUUUUAUGGUACCAAUCGAGUCUGGAGAGAAGAAGGGUUUCUGUAUGGCCAUCUUCUUAACGUUUGCAGUAUUCUUGACAAUGAUUACCGAUUCCAUGCCGAAAUCUUCCAAUAAAGUUCCGUAUUUCACGGUGUACCUGAUAACACAACUUGCUAUCAGUGGGUUGAUCGUUGUAUUAGAAGCAACCGUGCUGUUGUCUCAUUUUCAUUUUGCUUCGAGUAGAGAAGAGAAAGAAAAUGACGAAAAAUUAUCAUCUCAGAAGAAAUGCCAAUUUAAUGGAGUACAUUUAGAUAUAAUUUUCUUCUUGAAAAUUGCUCUUUGCAACAUCGCCUCCGUGAUUUUCUAUAUAGUAAAUGUGUUAUGAUUUGUGAAUACGGUGUUUUAUGUAAUAACGGUGAUGAUAGGAAUUAUGAACAUGUUACUAUAUGCAUCAAUAGUGUUAUGAACUGCGAACACGGUGUUUUGUGCUGUAAAUGUAAUAAGGACAAUUGACACGCUUUUGUUUGCAGUAAUAGUGUUGUGAACUUUAACGUCCUAGCUUUCAAAGAGUUUUAGAUAUUAUGCAUAAAUUUGGUAUAGUACAUGUAGCUGCUCCAACUUUAACUUGAAAAAAAUUAAAUGUCUCGGGGUUUCUUUUGACCAGUCCAUUUGUAGAUCACUGUGUAUUUGUAUUAAAAAUUAUAUGGAACAAUAAAAAAAAAUCUG